AUGAAAAUCGUAGAUCAAGAAGAAAAAGAUGCCCAUUUGAAUCAUAUCAUUGGUGAAGGUGCUAAAGGGUUAUUCUAUGGAUCAUUAAUAAGUUGUGGAUUGUUCGGAUACUUAAAAUAUAGACAACCAGUUAGAUUUAGACAAUUCAAUGCUUCAAUUAAAACUGCUUUAUUCGUUAUGCCAUCAAUUUCUAUGGCUGCAUUUUUCGCUGAUCAAGGUGGGGUUCAAUUCGAUAGAUCAUUACAUACAUCAGAAUAUGAAAAUAAUAAAAUUAUGGAAGAAUAUAGAGUUUGGAAUAAUUUAUCUACUUCUGAUAAAUUCUUCCAUUCAUUGAAUGAACAUAAGUAUAAGAUUAUUAUUGGUACUUGGGUUGGUUCAUUAUAUGGAUCAUGGGUCAUUGUUAACAGAGAUAAAAUCAUGACUGUAACACAAAAGGCUGUUCAAGCUAGAAUGUAUGCUCAAGGGAUCACUAUUAUUUUAUUAUUAGGAACCAUUUUAUUGAGUAUGAAAGAAGCUGAAAUUUUAAAGAAACAACCAAAAGCUGUUCCUGAAUGGCAAAAGAUCUUACAAGAAAAGGAAGCUGAAGCUAAACAAAAGAUUGCUUUAGAGAAGAAGAUCAAAGCCCAAAGAGCACAAAACUUAGCUGAUAAUUAA